GUGCGGAUGCCCAGGCGGGUCAGGGCUUCGAGCUGCGGCAGCCCCAGGACAAGGUGUCGGUGGCAGCGGGGGAGACGCUCACCCUCAUCUGCACCAUGUCUGGAAACGGUCCCGCUGGUGGCGUGAAGUGGCUGAAGGGCUGGGGCAGUGGGAACGAGACCGGUUAUGAUCAGAAGGCAGCGAAGUCCGGGAUGCAGAGACCUCACAUCUGCCCAGCAAGCGUUCACCAUUUGUGUGCACUCCUGCAGCAAAGCAGCAAGGAGGACAACGAGAUCCACUAUGCCGAUCUCCAGCCCCUGCCCACGGCCCCACGGCACGGCAGGAGCCCCGGCGCAGCCUGCUCCGAGUACGCCAGCGUCAGAGUAGCUGCCAAGUGA